CGUGCCUGGGUUUUCUCGCCAAUGUACCCUCGCCCAGUGCUUUGUUGGCCGGUGUUAGGGCUCGUCAGCCUCUUUCCAUCGCCCAGCCCUCCAUCCCCCCUCCUCCCUUCCUCCUCUUUCUCCUCCCCCAUUUCUUCUUUAUCUUGAGCGCCUCCUCCUCACAACCCUAAUCCAGGGUUUUGCGAUCGAUCUCCGGCGGCGGCAGUCUUCGUUCUUCUCGGUAGGGAUCGGGGUGGAUCGCGGAGGGCGCUCGAGCAGAAAAUCACAAAAAAGGUCUGGUUCUUCUCUUCUUUAGCGAGAAAACGAAAAAAAUUUCCCAAGAAAUCUCGAGAACAGCAGCUAGCCCGGCAGAAAUGGCCCAGCUCCCGUCGCCUUUGGUCCAGUCGCCUGUGAUUCCCGGGAUCAAUCAGUUCGUGUCGACCUCGCUCUACGUCGGGGAUUUGGAUCCCAAUGUCAGCGAGAAUCAGCUGUAUGAUCUCUUCAACCAGAUUGGGCAGGUCCUCUCGAUCAGGGUUUGCCGCGAUCUCAUGACGAGGAGGUCUCUGGGCUACGCUUAUGUGAAUUACAACAACGUCCAAGACGCAACGCGUGCGCUGGAGCUUCUUAACUUCACUCCUGUGAAUGGCAAGGCUGUGCGUAUCAUGUUUUCUCACCGAGAUCCUAGCAUUCGCAAGAGUGGAACUGCUAACAUCUUCAUCAAGAAUCUCGACAGGGCCAUCGACAACAAGGCUCUCCACGACACGUUUGUGAGCUUUGGAAACAUUCUCUCUUGUAAGGUGGCCACGGACUCCAACGGGCAGUCGAAGGGCUAUGGGUUUGUUCAGUUUGAGCAGGAAGAGUCUGCCCAGGUUGCCAUUGACAAGGUGAACGGGAUGCUCGUUGCGGAGAAACAGGUGUUCGUUGGUCCUUUCGUUAGGCGCCAGGAAAGAGAACAGAACGGCAAGUUCAACAACGUGUUUGUGAAGAACCUGGGUGAAUCCACCACCGACGACGAACUCAAGGAGGUUUUCGGUGCAUUUGGAAAGAUCACAAGCGCCGUGGUGAUGAGGGACUCCGAUGGAAAGUCGAAGUGUUUCGGCUUCGUCAACUUUGAGAAUCCGGACGAGGCUGCUAAGGCUGUUGUAGGCCUGAAUGGAAAGAAAAUCGAAGACAAAGAAUGGUACGUGGGUAGAGCGCAGAAAAAGUCCGAAAGGGAGGCAGAGCUCAGGGCGAAGUACGAACAAGAGCGCAAGGAGCGUAUUGACAGAUAUCAGGGCGCGAACUUAUACCUGAAGAAUCUGGACGACGACGUUGACGAUGAAAGGCUUCGCGAAAUAUUUGCCGAUUUCGGUUCUAUUACCUCGUGCAAGGUAAUGCGGGAUGCUCAAGGUCAAAGCAAAGGAUCAGGAUUUGUUGCAUAUUCCGCCCCAGAAGAAGCCAAUCGUGCGACGAUUGAAAUGAACGGAAAGAUGAUCGGAAGCAAACCAAUCUACGUUGCCAUGGCACAAAGGAAAGAGGAAAGGCGAGCCAAACUACAGGCUCAGUUCGCUCAGAUGAGGAGUCCCGUCGGUGUUGCGACUACGAUGCCAAUGUAUCAUCCUGGAGCACCGGGGCUUGGUCAGCAACUGUUUUACGGCCAGCCACCCGCGUUGAUGCCUCCACAGCCAGCUGGAUUUGCUUAUCAGCAGCAAAUGCUAGGAAUGCGGCCAGGCGGCGGUCAAUUGCCUAGUUAUUUUGUACCUGUUGUUCAAAGGCAAGGACCUCAAGGAGGACAGCGAGCAGCCGGAGCACGGCGCGGAGCCGCUGGAACGCCAGUGCCACAGCAGCAGCUGCCACCACCGCAGCAACAGAUGAUCCGAGGUAAUCGGAAUUUCCGGUACACUCCCUCGGCCAGGAACACUCCCGAGGUUCCCGUACCACCGCAACUCGUGAAUGUGCUGCCUGUUCCGCUGGAGAUACCAAGCGUGCCUCUGACUCCUGUUUCCCCGCUUCCGCCGUCGUUACCCAUCGGUGCGCUUGCAUCCGCUCUGGCUUCCGCGUCUCCCGAGCACCAACGAGUGAUGCUGGGAGAGCAGCUGUAUCCUCUGGUCGACCAGCUCGAGCAUGACCACGCCGGAAAGGUAACUGGUAUGCUGCUCGAGAUGGAUCAGACUGAGAUCCUCCAUCUUCUCGAGGCACCGGAUGCUCUGAAAGCCAAAGUUGCGGAGGCCAUGGAGGUGCUGAGGCAGGCCCAGAGGUCGCCCUCGACAGAGCUGGCGUCCCUCUCGCUCAACGAGCCAAUUCCGUCGUAAAGCAGCAGCAGCAGAGAGUGUGCAUUGAGUUUUCGUAUGACGGAGUACAUUUUGUUUCUCGUUUUUCCUUCUUUCUUUUAAUGCUCUUUUUUUCCCUUACGGUUGACUGCAUAGAGAUGUUUGCUGGACGAGAGUGAGUUCUUUUUUUCUCUUUCUCUCUCUUUUUUUGCUUUCGUUUGCUUUGCUGUUCCUUAGACUUGCUUUCAUUCUGUGUUCGUUUCAUUUUCGGUUUCGUCUGCUGCUGCUGCUGCUACUUUUUCUUGCUCGUUCUUACGCAUCGGCUUCAUUUGUAGACUGGUGGUUGGGAUGGGAAAGUUUUGAUAUUCUUUUUCUUCUUCUUUGUUGGCUCUUGGAAUAAACGACAUUAGGAAGUAUGUGGCUCUCUCUCUGACAA